UUCUCUUUCUCUCUUUUGCAGGCAUGGUUCAGAAGCUCGACCAGAAGCUGCCUGUAGCCAACGAGUACCUGCUGCUUUCAGGCGGUGUGCGGGAAGGUGUAGUCGACAUUGAUCUUGAUGAGCUGAACGUUUAUGCACGAGGCACAGACUAUGACAUGGACUUUACUCUGCUUGUGCCUGCGCUGAAGCUGCAUGACCGCAACCAGCCAGUCACGCUGGACAUGCGCCACUCGGCGCUGUGCCACUCCUGGCUGAGCCUGCGUCUGUUUGAUGAAGGAACUAUCAGCAAAUGGAAGGACUGCUGCACGAUCGUGGACCAUAUCAAUGGAGCUACCAAUUAUUUCUUCUCUCCAACAAAAGUCGCAGACUGGUUCUAUGACUCCAUUAGCAUUGUCCUCUCUGAGAUCCAGAAGAAGCCCCAGCGAGGGAUGCCAAAGGUGGAAAAGGUAGAAAAGAAUGGGACUAUCAUAUCCAUCAUUUUGGGAGUGGGCAGCAGCCGCAUGCUGUACGACAUCGUCCCUGUAGUAUCCUUCAAAGGCUGGCCAGCAGUGGCCCAGAGCUGGCUGAUGGAGAACCACUUUUGGGAUGGGAAGAUCACAGAGGAGGAAGUCAUAAGUGGGUUUUAUUUAGUGCCUGCAUGUUCCUACAAGGGGAAGAAAGACAACGAAUGGAGGUUGUCGUUUGCCAGAAGCGAAGUGCAGCUGAAAAAGUGCAUCUCCAGCAGUCUCAUGCAAGCCUAUCAGGCCUGCAAAGCUAUCAUCAUCAAACUGCUGUCCCGCCCUAAAGCCAUUAGUCCAUAUCACUUGAGGAGCAUGAUGCUGUGGGCUUGUGACAGGUUACCAGCCAACUACUUGGCCCAGGAGGAUUACGCAGCCCAUUUCCUCCUGGGUCUAAUUGACGAUCUCCAACACUGCUUGGUCAACAAGAUGUGCCCUAACUAUUUCAUCCCCCAGUGCAAUAUGCUGGAGCACCUGUCUGAAGAGACGGUCAUGCUGCACGCGCGGAAGCUGUCCUCGGUCCGCUCCGACCCCGCCGAGCACCUUCGGACUGCCAUCGAGCACGUCAAGGCGGCCAACCGGCUAACGCUGGAGCUCCAGCGGCGGGGCAGCACCACCAGCAUCCCCUCCCCGCAGUCGGAUGGGGGGGACACCAAUCAGCCUGACGACCGAUUAGCCAAAAAGCUGCAACAGCUAGUGACUGAGAACCCCGGGAAGUCCAUCUCCGUCUUCAUUAACCCAGAUGAUGUCACAAGGCCUCACUUCAGAAUUGAUGAUAAAUUUUUCUGAGCUUUCGUCAGUGUUUCUUGGGAGUUUUUUCUUCUGUUUUGUUUUUAAAAACUCUUGCGGUGUGCAGGUUUUUCUUUUCGUUUGGUUUUCCUUGAUGACUUAGUCUCUUGUUUUUUACAUAUCCAGUGUAGAUUGGAACUGCUGAGAACAAUCUGAAUAAAUUAUAAUUCCUGGUUCUGCAGGGCGGUGCAGAUUUUGAAACAAUAUGUUACUAUUUCAUAUGCUGCUUUGUUUUCUUUCACCCACCCAACCCCAUUGUCCGUGAGUAGCUUCUAAAGGAGAACACGCACCGCAAACACGUGCCACAGCGUAAUGCAGAUUUGUUAUUCAAGCUUCCAUAAUUUAUGUACAUUGUUGGACCUGGGGAAGGGACAACUCGCCUUCCGUUGCUUUGGAAAUUCACUCCUUUUUUUCCAUGAGCUUCCAUCACCCUAAAGAAAGGAGGAGAGACUCUGGGUUGGAAAGCACUGCUGAUAAUUUGACGAGGCCAAAUCUACUGGGCUGAAGCCCAGUUCAUCUGUUCUUCAUACUUCUCACACUAGGGGAGAAAGUUGACUUUAAAGAUGAUGGUGCAGCUUUUGAGGGAAAAAGUUGUUUCUGUUUUGAUCUACUUUUUGAAUGUAAUUGUUCAUAACUGGACCUUGUACAGUCCAGGGGGUUGUUUCUGCUGCUUUUCCAUGCGGAAUAAGGUUAUGGAAUGUUAGUUUUAGUGUGUGUAAUUAUUCAAAGCCUUAUUUAAAUUCUAUUAAAGAACAUACCAUUAUAAAUGU